AUGGUCUCUAUUGCCGAAGCGGACAGAAAUGUGUUAAAGUUUCUGUGGGUAGACGACAUUUCCGAGGAGAAACCAGAAAUCAUCGUUCUUCGCUUUACCAGUGUCGUUUUUGGAGUUUCGUCAAGCCCAUUUUUACUCAAUGCAACCAUUGCACACCACAUCGGACAGUAUGAAACAGUUGAUCCCACAUUUGUAGAAAGGUUUUUAAAAAACAUCUACGUACUUGAUGACCUUAGCACUGGAGGAGCGAGAGUGAGUGAUACCUAUGAUUUUUACGCGAAAUCUAAGUUGAGAUUGGCUGAAGGAGGGCUUAACCUGAGAACGUUCAUGUCAAAUUCUAAAGAAUUAAUGAAUAAAAUCGAUGCAAAUAAAUCCCGAUUGCAGAUAACUACUGAUUCUACGAAUAACUCGAAUGAUACAGCUUCAGUUAUGAAUACGUCAAGUGAUCAAGCUUCAGCCAACAAACUCGUAAACGCAGAAGGUCCAAUGAAUGCUGUCGGUCUAGAAGGUGAAUCGUACACAAAAACCAAAUUAGGAAGUGGCAAGCCAAGCAUUAACCAAGGAGAGCAGAAAGGUUUGCGAUGGAACACCGCGACAGACUGUUUCCUUUUCGACCUAAACAGCCUUGUAGAAAAUGCAAAGAAUUGCGAACCAACGAAACCGAACGUUGUUAGUGUGGUAUCAAGUAUAUACGACCCUGUUGGAUUCCUGUCGCCAAUAACAAUUCGACUUAAAAUCCUGCUACAAGAGCUGCAUGAAAGAAAAAUAAAUCAGUUGGGACGAACCACUAGACGUCACGUCAAAGUCAGCAUGGUUCAAAUUAGUUGGGAAACUCGAGAAGGUCGAACAGAUGGUGUUCCCUAG